GCUGACGUGGCUUGCCCACCUGGGUUUAACCCAGCUUGCACGGAGUAACCCCCUCCUCAAUUCCAAUCUAAUCGACUCGAGCCCAAUUGCCUUUUGCCCCCCAGACCCAGAGCCUGAGCAGAGCAGACCCCCAAUGGUUGCGUUGGUUAGUGCGUGAGUGUGUGUUGUGGGUGCUGCAUCAGAUCUCUCCCUCAGGGACAGGGAGUGAGUAAGAGUGGAUGUGGGACGACCCAUUCCCAUUAUCAUUUAUCAACGGAUUUAGCUUUGCUCCGUAACUCCUGUCUCUGCCUGUUGGUACUAGCAGUUGUUGUAUUGCUAUUAUAUUAUUGGUAUUAUUAUUAGUAUUAUCCAAAACCCCACAAAUGUCGGAAGCAAAGGACCCAGCGAUAAAGCUGUUUGGGAAGACGAUACAGCUGCCGGAGGCUCCGGCUGCUGCGGCGGCUUCCGAAUGCGGAGGAGAUGCUUCAGCUCUAUCUAAUGAUAUUUCCGCUGAUGAUACUUUAGUUCAAGAUCGUCCUUCUUCACCGGAUUCUUUACCUGAAGACAGCAACCUGGAUAGAAGUGGAGCGGAGGAAGAAUCCGACAAGAUGCAGGACUUUUCAGGGGAAAAAGGAAAUGAUAGUAAAACAGAGGAUGGAGCCCAAUCCAUGAUGCCUGAAGAGUUAAUAGAUCCAACUUUGAGUUCACUCACAAAGGAGAGUUCAAAAGCACCAUCAGUAGAUAGUGAAGCUGCACCUGCAAAGGCUUCAAAAGCUGAAGAUGAGCAGAAUGAAACAAGUAACUCACAGGAUAAGACGCUGAAGAAGCCAGACAAGAUACUUCCUUGUCCUCGCUGUAAUAGUAUGGAUACAAAGUUCUGUUAUUAUAACAAUUACAACGUGAACCAGCCCCGACACUUCUGUAAGAAUUGCCAGAGGUACUGGACUGCUGGCGGGACCAUGAGAAAUGUUCCUGUUGGUGCUGGUCGACGCAAGAACAAAAAUUCAGUCUCACAAUACAGACACAUAUCAGUGUCAGAAACUCUUCAUAAUUCCCAACCAGAUCUUCCAAAUGGAAUACACCACCCUACGCUGAAGCCCAAUGGUACCGUACUCACCUUUGGUUCAGAUGCACCUUUGUGCGAGUCAAUGGCUUCGGUUUUGAAUAUUGCUGAGAAAACGAUGCAGAAUUGUACCCGGAAUGGCUUCCAUAGACCAGAGGAGUUGAGAAUACCAGUUCCUUAUGGAACUGGAGGGAAUGGAGAUGAACACUUGAGUGGAUCUUCUGUCACUACAUUAAGUUCAAAGGAUGAGGCUAGUAAAGAUAGUUUGCCAGACAAGCAGAUGCCUAAUUGUCAGAGCAUUUCUCCUCAGGUACCUUGCUUUCCAGGGGCUCCUUGGCCUCCUUACCCAUGGAAUUGCAUUCCAUGGGGCUCUUCAGUACCACCAGCUGCUUUUUGCCCUCCUGGGUUUCCUAUGCAAUUCUAUCCUGCUGCUCCUUAUUGGGGUUGUACUGUUCCGGGUACUUGGACUGUCCCUUGGCUUAGCCCACCACCUACAUCCCAAAACCUCAAUUCCCGGACUUCUGGUCCUAAUUCCCCAACUUUGGGGAAGCACUCGAGGGAUGAUAGCAUAAUGAAACCUGUCGACAGCAAGAAAGAAGAGCCACAGAAAGAGAGUAAUCCUGAAAAAUGCUUGUGGGUUCCAAAAACUUUGCGCAUUGAUGACCCAGGAGAAGCUGCAAGGAGUUCUAUAUGGGCAACCUUGGGAAUAAAAAUUGAUAAAGUUGAUUCAGUUGGUGGAGCUGGUCUCUUCAAGGCCUUCCAACCGAAGGGGGAUGAAAAGACACGUGUUUCAGAAACCUCUACUGUGUUGCAAGCCAAUCCAGCAGCCUUAUCCAGGUCCUUAAGUUUCCACGAGAUGUUGUAAACCAAUAGGCAGCAAACUUAACAAACAUCUCGAUACUGUGGCAACAGAAGACAGGAUCUAUUGGUUUAUGCUAGUUUUACCACACAUGUUGUUGCCCCUGACCAGAUCUUGAUGCAAGAGAUCAGAAGCAUACUUGAUGAUUAGAGUGUAGGAAGUUGCACUGUUUUGGAUGUUGUAUCAAUUAGGUGGUUUUGUAUCUAAGAUGGCAUGUUGAGUUCUUAGUCCAUGUACAUACUAAUAUAUGACUUAGCGAGACAAUCAGAGUGAGCUUGUGUAUGUGCACUAAUUUUGAAAUAAAAUCAAGCGUUUUUCUCUUGGCAUUUUCUUUUA